AAAUUACACGUACAUUUAUAAAAAUUAUUUAUCUUAGCUCAUCAUAUGUUUUAAAUUAUGAUUAGAUGUUUUAAGAAAUCACUUAAUUAUUUUUUUUGUUAGGUGUCGAUCAUAUAGAGAGUUUGAAAAAUAAUAUUAUAAUUUGAUCUGUUAAUGACUUUCAAUUGUUUUCAUUUUAUGAGUAAGAAAAUAAGUUCUAGAACCAGUUUUAUCAUUAUCCAAACGACCUAAAUAUAUUGCACAAAAUAAUUUAUGGUAAAUAACUAUGUAAUUUAUAUAAUAUAUAUAAUGAUUCAUAAAAUAAUUGUUAGGAAUCAAAUAUUUCUAAACUAUAUAAACUAUUUCAAAAGUUUCAGUAUUAUAUACCUUCAAAAUUUAAGUAAUUUUAUUAAAAAAUGAAUCAUGAAUAUUAUAUACAACUAAUUUUAGUACAAUUAUCAAUAAAAAAUUUAAAUUUUUUUUAAAAUAGUCAUAUUUAUCCUUUUUAGAAAACAAUCAUUAUUAUAAAAAUAUUUAACAGAAAACACAUAAUGGUAAAAAUAUAUUUUAAUUAAAAAAUUAUAAUAAAUAUAUUGUUACGAAACAUUCAAAUCCGUGAAAUCGCGGGCAUCCACCUAGUACUUAUUUAUAUCAAGUAGUAAUAAGAAAAUAUAAUACGUCAUUCUCUAGUCAUGAUGCCCGGGCCCAUGGCAUCUAAGCAAAAGAUUCAUCGAUCACACUUUUUUCAAGGACAGAGACUCGCGAGACUAGAUUUCUAAUGACCACUUGACCAGCCAUAGCAACACUGAUUAAUGUUGGUAUAAAUCCCUGAAACUUUAUACCGUAGGAUAAACAUAAAUCCGGCUUAAUGUUCAAGAAAACUUCAAUCCGGCUUAGAGAUGGAAUUUGGUCAUCAUUUUUUCAAAAACUAAGCGCAUUGAUAUGAAAGUCGCUAAUAAAAAAAUCACUUAUUACCUGUCAAGUGUUUUCCAUAGUUUUUUCUGUCUAAUUAAACCUAUCUCAAAUUUCAACUAUGCUUUUAUCUUUGAUUUUGCUCUGUCUUGUCUUACAAGUUCAGCAUUUUGUAAAUUACAAUUGCAUGAACAACAAGGGCUACCAAAAAAUAAAUGAAGAUAGCGUAAACAGCGAUACAUGACAUAAUCAUAAAAUGUGGGAAAUACCGAGAGCCAUUAAGGAUGCAGUCAUCCAUUAAUGAUCGAUGUCGAGAUUUUACACAUUUUCAGUUAAAAACCUAUUGAUGAUAGUUUGGUAAAGUUUCAUAACUACCAGUCAAUUAAAUUAAACCGAUUUGGUAUCAGAUCAUAUCAUAGACGUACGUAAUCAGUCCUCAAACCGGCAACUGUAUAAUCAGAUUGCGUUAUUAUUUCAUCUACAUGCCUUGUCAUAUGUUUUCUUUGGUAUUGAGCAGCAGUAUCUUAAAGUGAUGGAUCUUUAUCACUUUGGAUGAUCACUUUAAAAAACCUGUCGACUAUAUAUUGUAAUUAUUCAAGUUCUAUAUUCAAAGGUUCGUUUUUAUGACUCAAGUUUAAUUCCAGAGAUUAUAAGACACGUGUAUCUAUUAAAAAAAAAAAGUAAGCAUAAAUUUCAUAUAUGUUUUACGAUUAAUUCUUAAGAUUUUGUUUUUGGAUUCUUAAUAAGUUGGUAGUUUACUAACAAUUUUUUUUUUUAUUCUUAGAGACAAUUUGUAGGUUGAUACCUCAUUUAGCCGCAAAUAUAUUAUAUCUAAAACACUAAAACCAACUAAUCACGAUAGCUUUCAGGCCAAGUACAUAGCAUUUAAAGGUUUAAAAUACAUUUUUAAAAUUCCUUAAUCAAAAAUUUAGUGGGGACUAAGAACGUUACAGUAUCUCCAAUUAUUCAUUCAAGUUGGAAUCUGAUUGCCAAGGAUGACAUGGACACUGGAGGAUAUUAAAUGAUUUCUUUUAUUGCAAUAAUUGCUGGAUUUAAUUGGGGUCAAGAUUAGGUCUGACAUUUCGAUCUUUUUAUAGAGAUGCGAUCCAUUUGAUCUUGAUUCCAUAUUUGUACAUUAUUGUAUGUAAUGAUUCAACAUGGUGAUGACCAUGUUGGCAGUUAUUAUGAAUUUAUGAUCCCAUUCACCAAAAGGUCAUGCAUGAUCUGUGUAUAAAUAAAAGUGUUCUCAAGCUUAUUUGAUUGUACUCUCUUAAUUUUCUUUGUUUUGAUGUAACUUUUCUUUUUGAAACACAAUUUUAAUGUAACUUAAAAAAGCAAAAAUCACCCAUUCUCAUUUCAUAUGUUAAGUAUAAAUUCAAGUCAAUAUUCUUAUCAAACUUGAUAAAAUAAUAACCCAAAAUACUGAAAGUAAAUUACAAAAAGAAACUAAAUACUGCGAAGCAGAAACUUUUUCUUUAUUGAUCGAGGACAACCUAGUUAAUGAUAAACAAACACACUAAACUUGGCUAUAUUUGUGAGAAUUCAAUAGUUUAAGUUAAAACUUUUAAAUUCUUUUACACUAUUAGAAAAGUUGGUUUUAAAUCCUAGAAAAAUGAUUCUAACAACUAUACAUACUGUUAAAAAACGUUUAUAAAAAAAAUCAUAAUGAUAUAUAAAAGUUAAACGGUAACAUUUAUAUUUUCAUAAGGCAGUUCAAAUGUAAAUAGAACCAUCAUAGAUGAAGCUUUGUAAAUCAUGUAUAGUAAUAUUUUUCUAAUAGAACAAUAAAGUAAUAUAUUUACGAUUAUUUACUCUCUUUUUUUGCAAAAACUUAUUAUUUAUUUAUUUGUUAAUUAAUUGUAACCAAUUAUAAGCGGAAUAACAAAAAGAAAAACAGAAAUCAAAAGAGAAAGGAACAGUAGUGGGGGGAGGAGAUGGCGAGGAGGAAGAUAAGCAAGGAAGAAGUUGUACAGAAGCUUAAGGACGACGGCGAUUUUGACAGUCUCCGCGUCAAUAUCAUACGCCGCCUCAAAGAUAACGAGGAAUUACGGAACAACAUGAUAUCACUUGUCAAGGAGUCAGCAGCUCUGAAUCGACCGGGUGUUCAAAAUAUGAAAACUAGGCAACUCUCUGAUGCCAUUUUCCAAGAAGUCGUAAGCAAGAUGCUGAGCCAGCUCUCAGAUGGGUUGUGGGGGAUAAUAAGAUCAGAAGACGGGAUGAAGAGCGAGAUCAAAGAAACCGUGCAAUCCGUCUAUGCUAUAUUAUCUAACCCAGGAGGCCUUCAAGAGGGACCAUCCACGAGAGAAGCGGGACGUAAUAUACCAGCACCGGUCUCAAUAGGUGAAGCCUCCUCGUCUUAUCCCCAUUUAGAGAAGGAGCUACCUAGGUUUGGUCCAGCUGGUAAACAGAAGCAAGAGCUGAUUCGAGGAGCUGUAGAAGAAGAAAGCAAAGGAGAAGCAGCAUGUAGUUAUAGUAGCACCAACAGAGUUAAUCACAUUGACAACAACAGUGAUGACGAAGAUCAUGAACUCCCUCCUGGUUUUGGCUAAACAUGUAGUUAUUCUUUUUAGACUUUUCUUUGUGUAAGAUUAUAGCACUAAAAUCAGAUCUUAUAAUAACAAUCACAUUGAGAAUAAAAAUACUGUCCACAAGUUUAUAGAUACAAAUAUUUCUAUUGAGCUGGAAAAACUUUUGUCUACCCGGAAGCAUAGUUCUUUCUAUUCAAAGACUAUGAAUACAUUACAAACGGAGGUGAUAACUGUAGUAGUUAGAAUAGUGAACAACAGGUUUCGUGGUGUAGUUGGUUAUCACGUCAGUCUAACACACUGAAGGUCUCCGGUUCGAACCCGGGCGAAGCCAAAAUCUGAUUUUUUUUUCUUUGGUCGAUUGACCAAAUCACCAAAUGUUGUAGAUAAUGUUUUGCUGUUCGACGGCCCCAUGCAAAUAGCUUUAGCCCCACUAUACUAGGCCCACUAAUGGUGGGUUGCACAUGGAAACAAAUGGUUCGUAUAAUAGUCUGACCUGCAUUACUUUUUUCUUGUAGAAGAAUGUAGUCACUUCAAAUCGAAUCAAGAACAUGUGGUGAUUUAGAUAUUCUACUCCUUUACUAAAACCUCACAUUUACCUGUAUAAGUCGUCAUUUA